CUCCACCAUUAUACGGCCUUGCUAACUUAAACCUAACAAACGGAGCAAGUGUGGGCCUCCCAGCUUCGCUAACGGAUUGCUAAAAACCAUGUCGUUCGGCACUCAGGCUUGCUUGCAAUUCUAACCGCUUGGAUCCAAAGUCAUUGCUGCUGCCAAGACAAGCCACUGAUCGAUUGCAUGAUCGCCAUUGCACGAUACCAAUAACCAAGCGACGGUGUCUUUUCUUGCUACUGUCUCUCUCCCUUUCUUCUUUUGUUCAUAGCAGUUUGCGUUUUUUGAUUGAUCGGAAUAGCUAUCUUUAGUUAGUUGGAACGAUGAGGAGCCUCGGAAUCCUCUGUUUGUUUUUGCUGCAAUCGCAGGUGUUGGGCGCGACCAAGAUCAAGCGAGUAAAAGCUGGAAAAGUCUACAAAGACCACGAUGAUGUCCACCUUGUUGUGAACAAGGUCGGUCCCUUCAAUAACCCCAUGGAGACCUACCGUUACUAUUCUCUUCCCUUUUGCCAGAAGCACUCGUCCACCGCGGAAGAAGAGAACGCCGCCAGAGAAGAGGCUGUCUCUCUGAACCAUCGACGAGACCAAGAAAAGCGUGAAGGAGCUGUUCGUCAUCGCCAGCGUCUGGGAGAAUCCAUUGUAGGAGAUCGACGCGAAUCAUCUCCCUACGAAAUUAGCUUUGGUGACAGUGUCGACUGGCGUCUUCUCUGUAAAGAGGAUCUGGAUACGGACGACUUGACGCUGUUCAAGGACGCCAUUCACAACAAUUAUUUUUUUGAAAUGUUUGUCGAGGAUCUGCCAAUGUGGGGAUACAUUGGCGACGCCGUAGACGAGGAUCUCAUUCUGGGCGAGAGCUCCUCCAGUAGGACCUUUCUAUUCCCCCAUCUGCACUUUUACAUUGGACACAACAACAACAGAAUUGUUUCCGCCAAAGUAACCACGGAUAUGGAACGCAGGGUGGACAUUACCGAUGUCAAUGUGCCCAAAACGGUUCAGUUCUCAUACUCGGUGGAAUGGGUCGAAGAGACUUUGCAAUGGAAGGAUCGCAUGACCCGUUAUGCUGAUUCACGCUUUUUGCCUGGGUCCUUUGAAAUCCACUGGUUGUCCAUCAUCAACUCUUUUGUUCUCGUCCUGCUUUUGACUGCUUUCUUGACCAUUAUCCUGCUGCGUGUCCUCAAAAAUGACUUUUCAAGAUACAUGGAACUAGACGACGAUGCCCUGGAAGAGGAAGAGUCGGGCUGGAAACUAAUUCAUGGCGAUGUGUUUCGGUUCCCGGAGAACCCUGGAAUCUUCUGCGCUGCUGUGGGAACUGGGAACCAAUUGGUUAUCUUGACACUGUUCCAUUUGUGUUUGGCGCUUUCCAACAUCAUCUCGACAACCCGACGAGGUUCCAUCACGGCAGGAGUUGUAGUCCUCUACUGUCUUACAUCCAUUGUCGGAGGAUACACAUCCAUGCGCCUCUAUCGUCAGAUGAAUGGAAAGGACUGGGUCAGGUGCACUCUGUUGACUGCGGGCCUUUUCCCCGCACCAGUCGCGGUGGUGUUUAUGUGGGUCAAUACCGUGGCACUUGCCCAUGGAUCUACCAGUGCCCUGCCCUUUACCGCAAUUCUUACGGUUACCGCCCUGUACGUCUUUAUUUCCCUGCCCCUCACCGUGUUUGGGGCCAUUCUGGCCAAGAACCACGCCAGUCCCGACUUUAAUGCUCCCACUCGCACCACCAAAGUGGCCAGGGAAAUUCCAUCUGAAGUCGCCUGGUACCGAGGCAGGACUUUCCAAGUGCUUAUUGCCGGAUUCCUUCCAUUCUCGGCCAUCUACAUUGAAUUACACUACAUCUUUGCCUCAAUGUGGGGUCAUCAGAUCUACACUCUCUUUGGAAUUCUUUUGAUCGCCUUCUGUUUGUUGGUUACGGUGACAUCCUUCAUCACAGUCGCGCUGCUUUACUUCCAGUUGGCCCGAGAGGAUCAUCGUUGGUGGUGGGCAUCCUACAUCAAUGGUGGUAUGACUGGUCUCUUUAUCUACGUGUAUUCAUUCUUCUAUUAUUUCCACCGCAGUGGAAUGAGCGGAGUCCUGCAGAGCUCUUUCUACUUUGGAUACAUGGCCGUCAUAUCCUUUGCCUUCUUCCUGAUGCUUGGAAGUGCAGGUUUCCAGACCAGUUUGGUCUUUGUCAAAUACAUUUACUCGCGUAUCAAGUGCGACUAGGAAAGAUUCAUCUUGGCAAAGGGUAGGCGCUGAUGCACAAUAAAUUUUAAAAACAUGCUCAAAUAUUCAUGUGAGU